UAUAUAUAAGUAGUAGAGAUUCAUAGGUAUUGUUAUUGAUAAAUUUUGAGGUUGUCAGGCAGAAAUGAAGGUGAUAGCUGCAUACUUGUUGGCUGUUUUGGGGGGCAAGAACACCCCUUCUGCCAAUGAUCUGAAGGACAUCCUUGCCUCCGUUGGAGCCGAGGCCGAUGAUGACAGGAUUCAACUUCUGUUUUCUGAAAUCGAGGGUAAGGACAUCACAAAGCUAAUUGCGUCUGGGCGGGAAAAGUUGGCCUCCGUACCGGCUGGUGGUGGUGCUGCUGUUGCAGUGGCUGCCACUGCUGUUGGUGGUGGUGGUGGUGGUGCCGCUGCUCCUGCUGCAGCUGAGGCCAAGAAAGAGGCAAAGGUCGAGGAGAAAGAGGAAUCCGAUGAGGACAUGGGCUUGAGUCUCUUCGAUUAGAGUGGUCGGAGAGCUUACAUCCCGGGAAAACUGUUUUUCUUAUUCUAGUUAAGUAGUGAUUUUCCCUGAAUGUAUAGCUGGUAGAAGAUUUGAUCGAUGACAAUCUAAUAAUUAAGUGGUUGGUUAUGGAAUCGUGGAGGAUUUGAAUCUUUUCUAUCAAAGUUUUUAUGAAUCUUUUAUCGUAACGGAAACUGA